AUGGAGUAUGAUGGUCUUCUCACUUCCUCCAGAAACAGCUCCAGCAAAAUAAUCCCAUCAAAUUACAUCACCUCCGCCUCAUUCUUUCUCGAUCCUCCUUCCGCCGCCGACGACCAAUCCCUCGUCGGAAAAGGCUAUCCGAUAACCUUUGGACGUUUCUCGAAAACCCGCUCUGGAAUUUCCACACUUAUCCGGUCGUUUCUCACUGUUAUAUCAAUCCCUGCUAUCCUUCCCACAUGCCGGUGGCUGACCUUGCCGGCCAAUCUCUCACGAACGCCGUCGCUCGGCCGGAAAGUCACUGGCACGUUAUUCGGAAACAGGAGAGGACACGUCAGCUUUGCGGUGCAGUAUGACUCACGAUCCGCUCCUCUAUUGAUCAUUGAGCUGGCGGUGACUACGGCGGCGCUGGUGAAGGAGAUGUCUUCUGGGCUUGUACGGAUCGCGCUUGAGUGCGAGAAACAUCACCGGAAGUCGGGUGGAAACGGCAAACUGUGCAACGAAUCCACAUGGACCAUGUACUGUAAUGGCAGAAAGUGUGGGUACUCGUCGUCACGGUCGUGCUCGGAUUCCGACUGGCACGUGUUGAGCACGGUGCAGAGCGUCUCGGUGGGAGCUGGCGUGAUACCGGUGGUGGAGGACGGUAGAAAGAGCGAGCUGGGUGGUGGGUCGUCGUCUGAGGGGGAGUUGUUGUACAUGAGAGCAAGGUUUGACCGAGUUGUGGGUAGUCGUGACUCGGAAGCAUAUUAUAUGAUGAACCCGGAUGGCACCGGAGGUCCUGAACUCAGUAUCUUCCUACUCAGAAUGUAA